ACGAAUGAUUCUUAGCAUACAUUUUUGGGUACAAAUACAUGUAAAUACAUAUAUAUCAAAGCAUUGUUGAAAUUCGGACCGAGGUUUAUGUGGACAUUUUCAGACUAUCGUGAUUUAAGAUUAAAAAUUCUGUUUUUGUGGACAUUCUGGAAAUUCUUUUAAAUAACAUACUAGACAAGUAAUGUUCAGAGAAAGCGGUAAGCAGAAUAAUAACGGAGAGGAUAGUAUGGUAGACAUCAAGGCAGCAAACAUGAGCAAAGAAGAACACAAAGCGCGACGAAACAAGAAAAGACAACUAUUGUUCAAUUUCUCGGCCCUUUGUUUGAUAUGGCUGUUUAGUUUUACAGCGUACAGCGGAUUGAUAAAUUUAGAAGCUUCACUCCAUGCCGACACGGGACUUUACUCUCUAUUUGCUAUAACAUUUGGCGGAGUGAUUGCGUGCACAUUCGCACCAUCAGUAAUUGCACGAUUAGGACCGAAGGGCAGUCUUAUACUUGCCUGUUUGUUCCAAACUGUCUAUGUUAUCGCUAACUAUUACCCGAAGGCCUACAUACUGAUAUCCGGUGGAGCCAUUUCCGGCCUCGCUUCUGGACUAAUGUGGACAGUGCAGGGGUGUUACAUUACUUCAAUAGCUGUGGACUAUCUGCGUUUUGAUCUCAGCCAUACAUCUUUGGGUUCCGUUUUGAGUAAAUUAAGUGGACUUUUUUACAUGGCAUUUCAAAGUACACAAAUAUUUGGAAAUUUGAUAUCCUCGGUCGUAUUUCAGUUUGGUGAAACAACACUUAAAUUCUCAAACAACAGUUUUUGUGGUGCUAACUUCUGCCCAUCUGACAUGAAUAUUCAUGUACCAAUGAACCACAGUCAAAAUACAACCAUAGAAACAACGCACAUGGAUGCAUCGAACCAUGACAGUGUUAAUGUUUUGAUUAGUAUAUAUCUGGCAUGUACAGUCGUUGCACUUUUGAUUUGUAUUUUUGGAUUACGUCCCAUUGAAUCGAGUAUGUCGGAGAAGUACGAAACCUUCAAAGAGAGAUUUGCCUCUAGUUGGGGAUUAUUAUUCAAAGAUCUGAAAGUCUUGUUAGUAGUGCCGCUGUAUUUUUAUAUAGGAAUGCAACUGAUAGUCAUGUUUGUACAGUUUACAAGAUCGUUCACAGCUUGCAGACUCGGCGUUGGUUGGAUUGGUUAUACAAUGCUCUGUUUUGGCGCCGCUGAUACGGUGGGGUCUUUGGUAUUUGGAUAUAUUGGCAAAUACACUGGACGAAUUCCUCUAUUCUUGCUUGCUACAGUGUUAGAAUUGGGCCUACUGGCGUUUAUGAUGUUAUGGGACAUAACAAACGAUACAUCAGCCAUAUUCUUCUUUCUUAUACCUCUCGCAUGGGGUUUGUGUGACUCAAUAUGGAUGACUCAAAGCAUGGCAUUGGUCGGAUCUGCUUUCCAUAAGAACCCAGAAACAACGUUUGCAUUGUGUAUAUUGUUCCAGGCUCUAGGGUCGGCCGUGGCUUACAUAUACAAUAUCUAUAUUUGUGAAUAUCUGAAGAUAUAUAUCGUGUCUAUAACAUUAGUGAUAUCGGUAUUUCUUGUUCUUAUUUUAGAAAUACGGAUCAGACGUGCAGAUAAAAUACGAAAAAAUCAAGUCAAAACGGAAAAUGUAAAUUCCGUAAAAGAAUCUUUGCUAGAGCAGGAAAUUCCACAUAUAUAUCCGGUAGAUAAGGCAUGAUGGGUAUUAAACAAUUCGCGUUUUAGAAUCUGAAACUUUUAUUGAUAAUAUUUCCAUUUGAAGAACGCUGUCAGACACGUCAGCGAAUAACGUCCUUAAAGACUAAUAUGGUUAACGCGCUGUCAACAUUCGUUUUGUCAAGAAAACUGUGAUUGAAUGCCCUGAAUAUAACUAGUGAAAAAAAGGCAAAAUAUUCUUCUUUAUCUACAACAUUGAAACUAAAUAUUCAACAACAAAUAUUGUUUUUUGAACAUCUGUACGUGGCUAUGUUUAGAUUGACCAAAACUUACAUUUGGAAUUUUUUCAAACUCUAGGGCCUAACUUUUUGGUAGUGUUUUAGCUCCAAGAGACUCGAUGAGUUUAUUCGUUCACAAUGAGGCAAAAGCAAUGCUGUUUUUUAAAGUGGAAAAAUGAUUCCUAUUGCCUGGUGACGGUAACCUCACUUGGCAGCAAGAGAUAGAAAAGUGAGGCCUAUUAUAGGGGUAUCCAAGUUAUCACAUAAUCAUCCAUUUCAUACCAAUAUAAUCAUUAAUUUGGAUUUUUUAAACAAGAUAAAAAAAUUGUCCUCGAUUCUAGAUUAUCAAAUAAUCAAAAAGUCAUGAAUAGUUGGUCGGGUAAUAAAAUAAUCACCAGAAAUUGGUCUGAGACCACAAUUAUUUCGUAGUGCUUUGCUUUUAGAACAUAAAUGAAAAUAUAAAAAAAUACCACCUACGCUUUCUCAAAGAAACUUUUACAGUGUGUUGUACAUGUACUACAUUUGGGACAAAUUAUAUCAAAAUU